AUGGGUCUUCUCGAGUUUGAAGAAUGGACUAACCAGACUGACUUAUUUUCUGAUAAGUCCAGGAUGUGUGCUAAACUCCGGGGUUUGACUCCCGGACAGCGCAGGGUGUGUAGACGACAUAAGGACCACAUGCCCGCAGUCGGGGACGGCGUUAGGCAAGGGAUACAAGAAUGUCAGUACCAAUUUAAGGAUAGACGUUGGAACUGCACCGUUACUGAAGACACAACUGUCUUUGGACCACUAACUUUGAUUGCAUCUCGAGAAACAGCUUUCACCCACGCAAUAACGGCCGCGGGGGUGUCUUUGGCUAUAUCCCGCGCGUGUCGCGAUGGAAGGCUCUCUUCUUGCGGGUGCAGUCGCGCGUCCAGACCUAGACAUUUACACAACGACUGGGUGUGGGGUGGAUGUGGCGAUAACCUCGAAUAUGGUUACAAAUUCACAGAAGGAUUUGUGGAUAUACGAGAAAGAGAGCGAAAAGUGAAACGCGGCAGUCGUGAACAAGGACGACAGCUUAUGAAUAGGCAUAAUAAUGAAGCUGGAAGAAGGGCUGUUAUAAAGAAGUCCCGGGUGACUUGCAAGUGUCACGGCGUAUCGGGCUCGUGCAGUCUAAUCACCUGUUGGCAGCAGUUAGCUACUUUUAGAGAAAUCGGGGACUAUUUGAAAGAUAAAUAUGAAGGCGCCACAGAAGUAAAGGUCUCCAGACGUGGCAAGUUACGGCUCAGCAAUCCGAACUACAGCUUGCCCACUGCUCAGGAUCUCGUCUAUUUAGAAGAAUCACCGAAUUACUGUAUUCGAAAUGAGUCACAGGGAUCCUUAGGAACAACAGGCAGAGAAUGCAACCGAACGUCGGCGGGUAUAGACGGCUGCGCACUCAUGUGUUGCGGGCGUGGGUACAACACUAAAAAGAUUGUAGUCAAAGAACGCUGUCAGUGUAAAUUCCAUUGGUGUUGCAGAGUGGAUUGCAAUACAUGUGUAAAGACUAUCGAAGUGUAUACUUGUAAA